GUGAACAAUCAGAAUAAUGUUCAACAUAAACCUGUUGGAGAACCUGAAGGUCUACAUCAGCAGUCGACCUCCACUUGUGGUCUUUAUGAUCAGUGUGAGCACUAUGGCAAUUGCUUUCCUGACACUGGGUUAUUUCUUUAAAAUCAAGGAGAUCAAGUCACCGGAAAUGACAGAGGACUGGAAUACCUUCCUCCUGAGGUUUAAUGAUUUGGACUUCUGUAUAUCUGAGAAUGAAACCUUAAAGCAUCUCAUCAAUGAUACCACAACCCCGGAAAGUACAGUGACCAGCGGACAAGCGCGGUCUUCUACACAGUCUCCACAGACUCUCGAGGACUCUGGCCCCAUAAACAUCUCUGUUACAAUCACUCUGACCCUGGACCCACUCAGACCCUUCGGUGGCUAUUCUCGCAAUGUCACUCAUCUAAGUUCCACAAUUUUUGGACACCAAAUUGGGCUCUCAGGCAGAGAAUCCCAUGAGGAAAUUAAUAUCACAUUCACCCUGCCGGCUGCUUGGAACUCAGACGAUUGUGUUCUCCACGGUCACUGCGAGCAGGUUGUGUUCACCACCUGCAUGACUGUGACGGCGGCCAGCGGCGUAUUCCCUGUCACAGUUCAGCCACCACAUUGUGUUCCUGAAACAUACAGCAAUGCUACACUUUGGUACAAGAUCUUCACCACAGCCAGGGACUCUAAUACAAAAUAUGCACAAGAUUAUAACCCAUUCUGGUGUUACAAAGGAGCAAUUGGAAAAGUGUAUCAUGCUUUAAAUCCCAAACUAACUGUUAUAGUUCCAGAUGAUGAUCGCUCUCUAAUAAACCUGCAUCUCAUGCAUACCAGCUACUUUCUUUUUGUGAUGGUGAUUACAAUGUUCUGCUAUGCAGUUAUUAAAGGGAGACCAAGCAAACUUAGGCAAAGCAAUACAGACUUCUGCUCUGAAAAAGUGGCUUUGUCUGAAGCAUAAUCCAUCCUCUCCUUUUACUGAGAAUGACUGAGAACCGUAAUCAUUGCCUGCUGAACCCAGAAUGGGUCUUAACACUCUGUGAAUACAUUAUCUUGCAAUGUUGGUUUAUUCCAACCAAAGACAUUUCAAGUGCCUGUAAUUGAUUUGUACAUAUUUAUAAAAGUAUAUUCAGAAUAGGUCAGACGAUGCACUUGUUCCGCAUUGUAGUGCGGCCGGAAACUUCAGUCUUUUCCUGUGGACAUAGCCGAAUGUUUGUGUAGAUAUGUUUAGUGAUAUGGCUACAUAUAGUCAGAGCAAGAUAUUUUUGUCUAGCUGCAUCUGGACAGGUUAAGAUGCCUUUGCAAAUGUCUCAAACAAACCAACAAAUAUAUGUUUUGUUUUGGGUUUUUUUUUUUUGCCCAAUGAUAUGUACAGUGUGUUUGAACCAGUAUGCACCUUUGAUAUAAUACUGCAUUUCCAAAGCCACCAAUCUACGACAUGAAUUAAAUGUGUAUUUGUGUGGCCUAAUAUCUUUUUCCAGUUGCUCCUUGCUUGCAAGAAAAAAUAUCAACAUUUCUAGAUUUUCUUCUUUUGAAAAGAGAAAAACAUAUUCACAUUUUAAUAGUGCUGUAUUUAGGACAAACUUGUGCUUUUAUUCAUAGAAAUUCAUAGAAAUUAAGAAGUAAAAUCCCAUUUUAAAAUCUUUCUUACUGGAAAGUGCUAAGUUUGAAUUUUUUUUCUUUUUUUUUCCCAUUGGCUUGCUGAAUACCAGGGAAUCAGUCAGUGUAGAGGUUAUCUGGAAAGCUUUCCUUUGCCCUCCAUCUACAGCCUUCUUCAAGUAUGGAACUUGCAUCUUUGCUGCAGAGUAGUUUUCUAUAACCUUUCUUUUUCUAGAAGGUGAACCUUAAUAAAAAAGAUGCAUUGUAUUAACAUUUUGUUAGGGCUCUGCACAGCCUCGGGCAAGCACAAAUAAUAAGAGGAAAAGGAAUCCCAUAGUCUGUAAUGGAGCUUCAAUUUGAGACCCUCCAUCUCUGAAAGGCAGCUGAAAAUGACACUUUUAUUAGCUUUGUCCAAUUUCUAUUUAAUGCUGUUCAUUGAGGGGAGAAUGACAAGGAGAGAGCUAGGGCUGUUGUGAUUCCGGUCAAAGAAACUGUACAGUAAAAUCCAUAUGUUUUCUGAGUCCGUUCUUAAAUCAGAGGAGUUAUAAUGUGCAUUUCUCCCUCUUCCAUUCCAGCUUUAGCUGUUUCUUUCUAGCUUUUUAUUUAGUAAGCUCCUUGUUUUCAUGAGUCAGGGUUUUCCUGCUGAGAUUUCCACCACUGCUUUUAAAAUCUCACUGAUUGCCUUAGUUUACCUUUCAUCUCGUCUUGCAGCUAUCCUGUCAGGUAGUAUAACUGCAGGUCUGUAAACAUGUGCAUAUUUUUUUUUUUCUUCUUCUUUGAUAAGUUUUGCCCUAAGUAUGAAGACAAAACAAUAAAUCCAAGUUAAAUCCUGCAGACAGUUUUGCUGGCUUAAGAUACUUAGUUUAUUACCUGUAGACACUGUUGUGAAUGGUACCCCACUGAUCUGCCAGCUGGUAUGUAUAGGACUUUGGUAAGUUCUUAAAUCUUCAGAGCAUUCAAAGCAAAAUAGUCACACUUUUCUUCAAAACAUAUUUCCAUUAUAGCUUUUCAGUUCCUUGUGUGGUGUUAAGUAAUGUGAGUUUUUCUCCAGGGAAGUUAAGGUAAAGCUUUAGAGAUGGCUUGGUUUGAAGUCUGGGAAUAAAAGGAGGCUUCUGUUUUCCUCCCAGUGAUGCUACGACUAGCACUGCCUCCCUGAAAUGAACCAGUAAAGUGAAAAUAGGCAGACAGCUUCUCAUGGACAAUUAUUGGGGCUGUUCCCAACUUAUGCAUACCCAGCCUUCUGUGUUAGUGUUCAUGUCCAGAGUUACCUAAGAGGGUGGCUUGGUUGGGGACCAAAAAUAGGGAGGGGAAACUGAGUGGUGUGCUGCGACAGAGUGGGGUUGUCCUGCAGAUCCUGGAAAUAACUCAGAAUUACCCAAGUUAACAAGAAUUCUUAAAAAAAAAAAAAAAAAAAAAAAAAACUCAAGUCUUCUGUGUUCCAGCAAACUAAAAUCCAACUCCAAAAAUUCUCACUACAACAUGGUGGGGAAAACAGGUUUGUGGGUUUUGUUGUUGUUUGGAUUUCUUUUCUGUUUUUAAUCUGGCUUUGCCAUUGGAUAAUUAGAAGGGUCUGCUUUGCAGUAUCACCCACUCUAUUGAAAUACCCAAAGAUGCUAAAGUUGUGAUCCGCAAAUGCAAAGGGGAGAACAUUAAGGAGAUGUGUUUUUUUUGGCCUUAGCUCAUCAUCCCUUUGCCCCCAUGUAUUGCAGCAAGGAGAUAAGGGUGCCCAUUGUGUUGAAAUGCUGUGGUACUGAGGAACUUUGGAUUGUACUUAAGCGUAAUGUACAAAAGUUAAAUGCAGCCAAACAGAAGAGUAAAAACUUAAAAGUUCGGAUCAUAUUGAUCUUUCCUUUUUUGUUUUCUUUUUCUUUUUAACUAUGACUUGAAUCAGUUUUGAUUCUAUUUGUACGUGUUUCCUUGUUCUUAGAAAGCUGCCAUUUUCUGUUGCAUUUUUCUUUGGCAUUACAUAGAGAAUC